CAUAUUAUUAAGUUAGGUGAUAGAUUAUUUUCAGCUACCACCACUCUUGGAGCCAUAUGCAACUUAGUCAUUUCCAACUACCCUUACUUGAUUGUCAAAAACAUGGCUACCGCUCAAAACUUGGUGAUCUUGAUGUUUACAACUACACUGUUACUAGCCAACUGCGACCCGCAAGUCCCUUGUUACUUCAUAUUUGGCGAUUCGUUAAUGGAUAACGGCAACAAUAACCACCUUCUUACUCAAGCAAAAGUUAACUUUCCACCGUAUGGGAUCGACUUCCCAGACGGCCCAACUGGCCGCUUUAAUAAUGGCCGAAAUACCUCCGAUGUUAUUGCUCAACUACUUGGGUUCGAUAAAUUCAUCCCGCCUUUUGCAAUUGCAAAAGGCGGGGAAAUCCUAACCGGGGUAAAUUAUGCGUCUGGGGCAGCCGGAAUUCGAGCUGAAACUGCAAAACAUUUGGGUGGUCGAAUAAGCAUGGAUAAUCAAAUAAAAAAUCAUUGGACCACAAUUAUACGGCUUACCUACUUGAUUGGAAAGGGAAGUCUCGUUGAAACUAAAAAGUACCUUAAAAAAUGUAUAUACACGGUCGGAAUGGGUAACAACGACUAUAUCAACAACUAUUUCCUACCUAAAUACUAUAACACGAGUAGUGUAUAUACGCCCGAACAAUAUGCGGAAGCUCUUGUUGAACAAUAUUCUCGACAGCUUCAGGAAUUGUACAAAAGUGGAGCCAGAAUGUUUGGGGUCUUUGCAGCUGGUGAUUCUGGUUGUACCCCGGGAAUGAUGGCCGAGUUUGGCAUGAACUCAUGUGUGGAUGAGGUUAAUAGCGCGGUCAUGUUAUUUAACUCCCGUCUUAAUAUGACGCUGAAUGAUCUAAACAAUAGAUUCGAUGAUGCGAAGUUCAUCCUAAUCGAGGGUUCUCGAGAGUAUCCUAAUGAUAUAAAUGUUACUGAUACACCAUGUUGCGGGGGUUCAAGCACUAGCGAUAAAGGCCAAUGUGCCCCGAAUCAAGUUCCAUGUAGCAAUAGGCAAAACUAUUAUUUCUGGGAUGCGUUUCAUCCAACGGAGAGGAUUAAUGUUAUUGCGGGAAAAAGAGCGUAUGAAAAGCUUACUUCAUUUGAAGCGUUUAGGACUAUUGCAUUGUCGAAGGACAAAGAAACUGGCUACAUCAGCGUUGCAUAAGGGUUCGGUCUAUGAAACUGAUUCAUACAGAUUCACAUCUACGAAUAAAAAGGCUGUAUAUGAAGUUUAGUGUCUGAGUUUAUUGUUGUAGCAUAGAUUAGCCAGUGGGAUCCUGCCCCACCAUGCGUUCGAUCUUUAUCAAUUCAGUUCGUUACGCGAGGGAUCAGUAUCGAUUAAUUCGUUAUGUUAUCGGUAUGCAACUGGAACUUGUUAUAGCAAUUGAAAGAGAAACCCAAAAAAA